CUAAAUAAAUUUUGUGCUGACUGAUUUGAUAUUUGACCAAGUUUUGAACAAUUUUUUGAGUACGAGAAAAUAUUUAAGGGAACAAACACCGUCUCCAAUUCCGUUGCUGAAAGAAACCCUACAAAACCCUCCAUCAACGACAGAAGCAGUGGCUCUGUCUCUCUAACCAUGGGUUUCUUCGACCUUAACAUUCCCUACCUCGAAUCUCCGUCCUCCAAUAACACCGCUUACAAGGCCGCACGUGUCAAAAUCGUUAUCAAGGCAAUGGAGCUCGGUUACUCUGGAAUCGCCUACAACCGUACGAUCAAGGGCGUCAUGUCAGACAACGACCGGUGUUCUAUUUCUCUCCUCUCUCUCUCGUCUCUCCUCAAAGUCGCUCCCUCUCUCUCCUCCUCUGUCAACUUCCACCGUGACCUUCUCGGUGUCCCUCGUGCCUCCCCAUUCCGUCAGUACACGCGCCUCACCGUUUGCGCCGAUUCGUUCGCUCAGUCUCAGGUGCUGAACUCUGGAAAUCCCGUUCUGAAAACCUACGAUAUCGUCACUGUGCGGCCCUUAAAUCAAAACGCGUUUGAUCACGCCUGUGAGAAGGCUGAGGUGGAUAUAAUUUCGAUUAAUUUUGCGGAAAAAGUACCGUUCAGAUUGAAGCAGCCAAUGGUCAAAGCUGCUAUCGAGCGUGGAGUUUACUUCGAACUCACCUACUCUGAUCUUAUUCUUGAUCUUCAAUUAAGGAGACAAACGAUAUCCAAUGCUAAGUUACUGGUGGAUUGGACUCGAGGAAAGAAUCUCAUCUUCUCUAGUGGUGCCCCUUCAGUUAAUGAACUUAGAGGACCAUAUGAUGUGGCAAAUUUAUCAUCUUUGCUUGGGCUUUCUGUUGAACGAGCUAAAACAGCAGUUUCCAAAAAUUGUAGGACUCUUUUAACUAAUGCAUUGAGGAAAAAACACUUCUUCAAGGAGACUAUUCGAGUUGAAGCAAUAUCAUCUGGUGAGCGGACUGAGUCCGAGACUUUGCCUGGGGACUGGCUUAAAUGGGAUCCUAUCUCUAGUGGUGAAGGUGAUUUGCAGCUAGAUGAAAUGGCAAAGUCUUUCACUGCUUCCAGUAAAGAAUCAAAAACUGUGAAAGCCGUUGAUUUUAAUUCAGUUAUGAGUAGCAUGCCAUCACAGGGUUUUCAAGUAAAGGAUUUGAUCUUAGGAACUCAAGCUGUGUCCCAGUCACGGGAUAUAAAUAGUGGUAAAGAAGUUUUAUCUGCUACUGAGACAGUUGAGACGUCAGUUGCAGCUGAUGGAGUGUGUGAAUUAAAGACAGGGCUUAAUCUUCUUCCUGAAGCUGACCAGACUCUAUUAGAUAAUGCUCCAGCAAACAACCAGUCUUUUGGCCAUGAAAAAAUGAAGAAGUUAGGUUUACCUAGUGAUUUCACAGAAAUGGUAAUCAGUUCUGAGGAUAUUGGAACUCAAACAACCACCAGUAGGGAAGAAUUGAAUAAUCCAGAUUUGUCAUAUGAAAUAUUUGGAGCAGAGAAUACAGAAAGGUAUGAUCGACAUUCACAAUAUUUCAUCCCUAGUCAUGAAGUGGAUGCUGUCUUAUCAAAAGAAAUUGCGAAAUGUCAGACCUUGCCUAGAUGUGUUGAGCUAGAUGCUAUGUCUAAUGUAGAUGUUAAUUUAGAUGGUGUACCUCCAUGUGAUGCAUCUGAAUUUCCUGCUUGGCAAAAUGAAGAAUCUAAAAGUUUAGGACAUCCUGAUGCACAAUUAAGUUCUCAAAAAGGUUCAAGUGGUGAAAUUGGAAUGGAGAUAGAUAUAAAAGCUCUAGAAGGUGCAUCUUCUGCAUUAAAUGAUGAGUCUUUGCUAGAAAAUCUCACUGAAAGAGAAAAUUUCGGGGAUCCUGCAGAUGAUCAAGUUGCCUCUGAUCCAAGUCUGCUUCAGGAGUCUUCUAUUGAGUUAAAAGUUAAAGAUGGCACUUCAGCUUUGAGUCAUGCCACCCUGGAGGAACUGACAAUGGAAGAACAACAGGGUGCAGUUAAACUUAGGGAAACUGGAGACCAUGGACUUCCUGUUGAUCAAUUCCGGGUUGUGGAGUCUUCCAAUGCGGUCACAAUUAAAGAGGACUCUGCAGUUGAAAAUCAUAUGGCCCAGGAUGAGUUCACAAUGGAAGAUCAAAGUCAUGAAGAACAAAUCAGGGAACCUGGAGUUGGAAUUGUUGCUGAUCAAACUUGUUUCAUGGAUUCUUGUAAUGGCAUAAGAGUUAAAGAUGAUUAUUCUGUUGCCAAUUACAAGGCCACAGAGGAUGUGAAGAUGGAAGAGAAUAAUCAUGGAGAAGCUGAUAGUGAAAUUAAUUGUCCAAUGUUGCUUCAAGGUGUAUCAGGGAAAAUCAGAGCAAAGCCAAGGCUGUGUCAUCGAGCUCUGGUAUUUCCUUUGAAGCGAUUGUUGAGUCCUAUGCCUUUCAAGAAGAAAGCUCACAAAUUUAAGCACAGAAUCAAGAUGUAACCUAUAAUACAUUUCGCUAUUAUCAUUGUUAUUGAUCGGCAAAUGUGAAAUAGUCUAGAGUAGUUGCAAUAAGUUUUUCUGAGGUAGUAAGUGCAUACCUUUGAUAUUGAAGGGUGUUGAAAUUUUGUCAAAAACUUCAAAAUCCAACAUGUUUGUGUUUACAUUAGUGUUACCAUGAUAAAGAGGGAUAUGUAAUCAUAUGAUAGUUUCUCAGCAUUCGAGUUUUUAA